AUGGCUUCCAGCACAGUAGCCUCAGUGGUGUUCCCCCAGGGUGUGGGGUAUGGAGUUGUCAUCGGCAUCGGCUUCUUCUUCGCCCUUCUCAUGAUGUUCAUGUCUUAUAUUCAGGUCCGCUCUCCUACCGCCGAGUUCAUGCACGAUGCCGCAGGUGCAACAGUCCAGAUAUUCAUGUUUUCCGUGCUCGCGUGCAAGGUCAAGCAGAAUGCCCCCUACUGCCACACUUUUUUGGAGAUCAUUUACUAUCGAUACGGCAAGGCGACCCAUAUCACUUUCAUCUUCUUUGCGCUGUUGACCAACGUGCUGGUUGCCAGCCAGCUGCUGCUAGGCGGCAGUGCCGUUGUGACGGCGCUGACCGGCAUGAAUGUCUACGCGGCCGUGUUCUUGAUCCCCUUGGGCGUUUGCGCCUAUGUCGUCCUUGGCGGCCUCCGUGCGACGUUUCUGUGUGACUAUACGCACACGGUCAUCAUGCUGUCUAUUAUCCUGUACUUCAUGUUCUCCGUGUACUCGACCAGUGAGCUCAUCGGCUCCCCCGCCAAGAUGUUCGAGCUUCUGCAAAAGGCCGCAAUUGAAAGACCAGUCAGCGGCAACAUGGACGGCUCCUAUCUCACCAUGAAAUCCAAUUACGCCCUGGUCUUUGGCGUGAUCCAGCUCUGCUCGGGUCUAGGCACCGUAUUUCUUGAUCAGGGGUACUGGCAGCGAGCUAUUGCCAGCCGUCCGACAACGGCCGUGCGGGCCUACAUCAUGGGUGGAUUGGCCUGGUUUGCCAUCCCAUUUGGGUUUGCCACGACACUGGGCCUGUGUGCAGUCGCUCUGACUGAUAACCCUCGGUUUCCGACAUAUCCCAGCCCAAUGUCGGACUCACAGGUCUCGUCGGGAUUGUCUGCACCGUUUGCGGCCACCGCGUUGCUCGGAAAGAGCGGCGCGGGUGCGUUGCUGCUGACCCUCUUCAUGGCCGUCACGUCGUCCGCGUCGUCGGAGCUCAUCGCUGUGUCGUCCAUCCUUACGUUUGACAUCUACAAAAUUUACGUCAAACCGUCAGCCACGCCGGAGCAGCUCAUCUUCGUCUCGCAUGUCAUGAUCUGUUUCUUUGGACUAAUCAUGGCUACCUUUGCCUGUAUCUGGAACGCCGUCGGCGUCGACCUUGGCUGGCUGUUCUUGACGAUGGGCCUCCUUAUCGGCGGUGCCGUCUUCCCCGCUGCUUUUGCCAUCACCUGGAAGGGCCAGACCCGUUUGGGCGCCAUGUCCGGUGCAAUUGGCGGCUGCAUCGCCGGCAUCACCGCCUGGCUGGUCGAGGCUAAGGUGUACUACGGUGAGCUGACGAUUGCCACCACGGGCAGCUCUUACCCAACGCUCGCGGGGAACUUGGCCGCUGUCAUGACCGGUCUGAUCUUUUCGGUUACGAUAUCGCUGAUCAAGCCAGACGAUUUCAAUUGGGAAAUCACCCGCUCCAUCAAUAUGGACAUGCCCAAGGCUGCCGAAACCGUCGUCGCGCGGACUGAUGGCGGGCCGUUAUCUGAGAAGAACGUCGCCGCGAUGUCUCCUCCGGUUGACCCCCCCAAGGACAAGACGGCGGCUAGUGACAAUGUGGCUGCUGAAGGUCCCAUCUUUGACGAUGAGGAAAAGCGUGAAAACGAGGGCAUGAUUGAAGACCCUAAGAGAUUGAAGAGCGCCUUCACGGUUGCACUCGUCUCGUCGGCAGUGCUGUCUUUUAUCAUGGACUUCCUGAUUCCCAUCCCCAUGUUCCUGUCACGCUACGUGUUUUCCGAGGGAUUUUUCACUGCCUGGCUGGUCAUUUCGUUCAUAUGGGUUUUCGGAUCCUUGACACUUUGCGGCUUCCUCCCUGUUUUUGAGACGAGAGAUUUUUUCAAAGAGUUGCUGAUGCGCUCGGUCUGGUCCGGCAAGAAGAGCUCAUGA